AUUAAAGAUGGCGGACAUUUUUUGUAAUUUUUUUCAUUCCGUUCAUAACAAAGGGAGAUCGUUUUGUUUCAAGCAUCUUUUCUCGCCGAUAUUCCGCGAUAGAGUAAUAGUGUAGUUAUUCUUUCACCAUGCCGAUUAUUGUGAAGGAUUUCUCAUGGGAAGAAACAGAAACGAACGUGUUUAUCGACCUUCCUUUGAAAGGCGUCGCUCCAAAUAAAGUUGACAUAUUCUCUUCGGGGCAAUAUUUAAAAGUAAGUUAUCCGCCGUACAUGUUUGAAGUCUACCUCAAAGAGAACAUAAAUGAAAGCGCCAGCAAAGCAACUAUAUCAAGUGGUCUUGCCAAAUUUAAGUAUGAAAAAUGUGAGCAUGGAUUAUGGAACAGUUUACAAGCAUCCGGGGUUGAGGACAAGAAAUUCAUGGCAGCUGCUCGUCAGAAGGCUGUCGAAGACUCACACAAAAAAGCUGAACUUUUGGCUGAACAAAAGGCAAAGGAGAAACGAGAACAGGAAAGGUUUGCAUUGAGAGAACAGAUGAAGAAAGAUGAGGAGGAAAAGAAAAAAAUUGAAGAAGCAAAAGAGAAUAUCAGAAAAAAUGCUGCUGAAAGUUUGGAGAGAUGGAAGCAAGAAUCAGAACAAAUCAUGACAGAAAAUGGUUCAACCAAUCAAAGACAAGAUCCUUCAGCUAAUCACCAUGGAGAUAUAUUUAGCCAUGAUGAUGACAUUCAUGCUGACGAUGAGGAUGAUGAACAUGAAAAUUCUCCCAAGGGUGGAAAGUCUAAUGUCGAUAAAAAAAUUCCUUCAAAAAAUGACAGUCCAAAGAAGUUCUCAAAAAAAGUUAAGAAGAAGAAAGAUGUCCCUCCUCCCAGAUCAAGUGGAACAAUCCAAGUUUCAUUUUCACAUCGACCAUUCAAAACUCCAUCACGUGAGUCCAAGGCUCCUGAGGAAGAAGAGUGGUUGGCGAAAAUGGCCGCUGCAGGUCGAACAACUAAAACUGACAACAAUGAUGCAGUCGACAUGGAGGAAAUGAACCCACUUUGGCUAAAAGACAAAGGAAGUUCAUUCUACAAAAGCGGAAACUUUGUUGCAGCUAUAAAUGCCUUCACGGCCGCUAUCGUUCUUGAUGGCAGUAUUCCUUCACUAUUUUCCAAUCGUGCUGCGUGUCAUCUUCAAAUGAAGCAAUACAGGGAAUGCAUUCAAGACUGUAGCAGUGCUCUUGAGCUCCUAACACCGCCAGUUCAAGCAAACGCAUUAUCAAGAUGCAAAGCGCUCGUGAGAAGAGGCACAGCUCAAGCUCAGCUGGAGAACUACGUUGAAGGUCUUAUGGAUUACGAAUCAGCAAUAAAGCUGGAUCCAAAGAAUGUUAACUUACAAGAAGAUGCAGAAAAACUUCGCAAGAUUAUCCAGGGAAACUGAAAAAAGGCUUUUAUAACUAACUCUGUCUCGUUCAUAAGUCAAAAAUCCUCUUUUUCUUGUGGUAUAGUGCAUUGAUCAUGUGUUGAAACAAUGAUAGUUUGCCGUACGAAGCCACAGAUGAAGCCACAGACCUAAAUUUGAUGAUUAUAGUCUAUUCUUCCACUAUGAAUGGUGUUUGUAAAAUCAUUUGUGGAAAGCUUGAAAUUUUUACGUUCCAACUUCUAAUAGAUUAUUAAUCUGAACAGUGAA